AUGCUGUGGCUGGCCCUUGGUCCCUUCCGUGCCAUGGAGAACCAGGUGCUGGUGAUUCGGAUCAAGAUUCCAAAUAGUGGCGCAGUGGACUGGACCGUGCACUCCGGGCCUCAGUUACUCUUCAGGGAUGUGCUGGACGUGAUAGGCCAGGUUCUGCCUGAAGCGACGACGACAGCGUUUGAAUUAUUACUCCACAGUAAUGGAACAGCAAGUAAAUGGCCAGCUAAUAGAGCCGUUGCAGAUAUUUCCAAGAGGCAGCCUCAUCAGCUUUACUGUUCCUGUGCCACCCCCCUGAUGCUGACAGCCAUUCUGAGACCUCUGCUGUCCCUUCUGGUCCUCCCAGCCACCCCAUCCUGCAAGCCUCCUGGGGAACGGAACAUACAUGGCCUGAAGGUGAAUACUCGGGCUGGUCCAUCUCAGCAUACCAGCCCUGUGGUUUCAGAUUCACUCCCAAGCAAUAGCUUGAAGAAGUCCUCGGCUGAACUGAGAAAGAUACUGGCUAAUGGCCAGAUGAAUGAACAAGACAUACGGUACCGAGACACCCUUGGUCAUGGCAACGGAGGCACAGUCUACAAAGCAUAUCAUGUCCCAAGUGGGAAAAUUUUAGCUGUAAAGGUUAUUCUGUUAGACAUUACGCUGGAGCUUCAGAAGCAGAUCAUGUCUGAGCUGGAGAUUCUUUAUAAGUGUGACUCAUCAUAUAUAAUAGGAUUUUACGGGGCAUUUUUUGUAGAAAACAGGAUUUCAAUUUGUACAGAAUUCAUGGACGGGGGGUCUUUGGAUGUAUAUAGGAAAAUUCCAGAGCACGUCCUUGGAAGAAUUGCAGUAGCAGUUGUUAAAGGCCUUACGUAUCUGUGGAGUUUAAAGAUUUUACACAGAGAUGUGAAGCCCUCCAACAUGCUUGUGAACACGGGCGGACAGGUCAAGCUGUGCGACUUUGGCGUUAGCACACAGCUGGUGAAUUCUAUAGCCAAGACGUAUGUUGGAACAAAUGCUUAUAUGGCACCAGAAAGAAUUUCAGGAGAGCAGUAUGGAAUCCACUCCGAUGUGUGGAGCUUAGGAAUCUCGUUCAUGGAGCUUGCUCUUGGGAGGUUUCCAUAUCCUCAGAUUCAGAAAAACCAGGGAUCUUUAAUGCCUCUCCAGCUUCUGCAGUGCAUUGUUGAUGAGGACUCGCCGGUCCUUCCGCUUGGAGAGUUCUCGGAGCCAUUCGUACAUUUCAUCACUCAGUGCAUGAGGAAACAGCCCAAAGAAAGACCAGCGCCUGAGGAACUGAUGGAGAUGGAAGUUGAAGAGUCGUGGAAGGAUCGGAACCUCAAAUUCACCUGCAGUGGGAUGUUAAAUGAGCUGGGGCUGGCCGUCUGCUUGGGCUUUCGUGUUACCAGCAGGAUGGUGGCAACUCCUGCUGACCUUUGUCCAGCAUGCCCGGCACUGUCACCCCUGUCUGCACGACCCACUUCACCUUGCAGAUCUUCACUCAAUGGCCUCUCAGAAGAGCUACCACCCACACCACUGGAACGUGCAGCCUCCCGUUCUUGCUCCAGGACCUCCCAGGCAAGAGAUCCUGCCUUGGUAAAUAAAGUGGACAGAGGUCAAGGAUCACGCCUGGUAUCAACUUCUGUCCUCCACAGGCACGUGCUUCCAGGACCCAGGGUCCCCUAGCCUGUACCAGUUCCU